AUGGCACUGCAUGUCCGCCUGCCCUUGGUCACGCACUUCCCCUCUUUUCUCUUGCAGCCGGCCAAGCUUGCCGAGGCCUUCAAGUACUUCGUGCAGGGCAUGGGAUACAUGCCCUCCGCCAGCAUGACGCGCCUGAUGAGGUCCCGCACAGCCUCGGGCUCCAGCGUCACGUCCCUGGAGGGCGCCCGCAGCCGCUCCCACACCAGCGAGGGCGCCCGGCUGGACAUCGUCCCCAACUCCGGUGGCCCCGGGAGCAGCGCAGGGCCCAACUCCACGGAGGUGUCCUGCUAGGUGGCCUUGGGGACGGCCGCCCCUGGACUCUGGGAUCAAUCGCUGUAGCUGCCCCUCCUCCAGCCCCUCCCCGCCCCUGCCUGCCAACCACAUGUAGCUCGGUAUUAAUCCAAAGCUUAUUUUGUACGAGUGAGCUCUGGUGAGGACAAAGUGAGAUUGGGUUUGUGGAGGGCUCCCCUUCCGGCGAGGGCGGGGUGGAGUGGACCAAAGGGAAAGAAGCAUCUCAGUGUCCUGUUUCCACUAGCGAGCGGCCUAGAGGCCACUGUCUUCCCCUCCCUCAGAGACACCAAACUGCCAAAAACAAGAAACAGAGCAAACACUUGAUCAAUCCAAGGCUAGGCUGACCUGAGCAUCCUGGCGCGAAGGGACGUUUUGUUGGAAGCCCAGCCCACCUACUUCCUGUUUCCUUUCCAACUAAAGAAAAAACAGACCCAGUUUCUGGAAACCAAACCCCUUCUGAUUUGGAGAGGGGGAGAGGGGGGAAUGGUGGCGAGCUCUUUUAACAAAGCCAAACAGGAAGCGGGGAAAGAGGUGGAAUUUAUGCAGAGGCUCCGAAGUGUUUGGAAGAGCAAAUCUCUGUCGUGAACUUGAAGAAGUAGAUUUUUAACGUCGGUGCAUAUAUACACUUUUCAGUGCCGAUGCCAGAAGCCUGUUUUUCUGGCAUUUUUUUAAUGGACAACAGAAGCAGGUGACAAAAUCUCCCAGUUUUUCAAAGAGACGGUCUUGGCAAACGUUUGGUAUCGGGGGUUUGAGGCUUUGAUUCUGCUGCCUGCCUCUUCCUCCACGUCGCCUACUUCCUACCCCAGAUACAUGGACGAGUGAUUAUUUCAUUCAUGGGGAAGAUCAUGUAGAUUUGUAGCUGCUUCUUUGAAAUGGAGGGCCGUGCCUGGCUGUGAUGCGUCUCCAUGCAGCGGCCGGGGGAGGGGGGCAGGGGCAUUGAGGUGGGCUGGUAUUUUUGGUUAUUAGAUGUAAAGGAUUCCUCGUGGUUGUGAUGGAGUCCAGCGCAGUUGUGAUUUCAGUUGAUCCCAUCUGGUUCCCAGGAACCAUGUGUGAUUGAGUUAAAUCUAGCUUCCAAUCUUGGACAACCCGGGUUGAAUCUGAACUUGAUUGCCAAACAUUUCUGACCUGGUGACCUUCCGGGAUCUUCAGAUAGAACUGUUCGCUCUUGUAGGGGGUGGGGAUUCCCUUGGGGAGUGGUGGCCCAGAAGAUGCAAGGAUUCUGGAAUGUGUAUUCCAUGGGAUUUCCUUCCCUCUCCUGCCUUCCCCUCUACCCUGCCCCUCUAACCUCUCGCUGAACGGGGUGGCACCACUGACAUUUCUGGGCAACGUCAGCGUAGCUGUCAAGUUCCUGUACUACUUACUGCCUUUUGAUUUUUAUUUUGGCUAACCGUGGAUCUUCUUAUAGGAAGUUUGAUCAGAGUGAAAGGAACAUUGUGACUCAGCCGCCGGGGCCUGGUGGUUACUGGGAGGAAUAGUCAAGCCUUCUAGGUAGCUUGGGGGAAUAAUGACUCAAUUUAUCUGCGACCUAGCCCCUGGGAGGCAGAAAUGGCUGAAUCAGAACGAGAAACUGUUGUGUACAAGUCUUUCCAGAGGAGUUUCUUAAUGAGAUAUUUGUAUUUAUUUCCAGACCAAUAAAUUUGUAACUUUGCA